UGCUCUCUCUCUCACGCACAUACAUACACUCUCACCUUGCUGCUGCCAUUGAAGCUCCAUUUCUUCAUUGCUGCUGUUGUGCUCUACCUCUAGUGACUCCUUUGCUGCUGCUACUCGAAGUUCCAAGCUUGCCUCCUGCCAAGCCCCUCACUCUCUACUGCUCUCUACCUUUCUCUCUCUCUUUCUCUCUCCCCUAGAUCUGGAUGUAUGCAGCCCCCUUGGCCGUUGGCACCCAGCUCCGAUGGUGGCUGCCGUGAAGAAGGCCAGUUGUAGUUCUGGCAACUCCGGUGACCCUAACAUUCAUAAGAGUGGAGCAAAGCCAUGGAUAUGCCUACACCAUCCAACCAUGGUGGCUGUAACGGAAACAUUGGCAGCAGUGAAGUGCAUUCAGAGGAUCCUUAUUCCACUGCAGCGGCCAUGAACUUUGAUUCUUACUCAGAGAUGUGCAAUCCUUCGGUGGCUGACCAACUGUUCUCUCUGCUAAAUGAUCCAGCUGCAAACCGGAUGUUUGCCAUGUGGUCAUCAUCCAUGGGAUCAUCGCCUCGUGGUGGGGGUAUGAGCGAAGAUAUGAUGCUCGACACCUAUUCAGGGCUAGGAGAGGCUGCGGAAGAGCCUUCUCAAAUAAUGUCAUUGAAUCCUACUGAAGCAGAGAGAAUGGGCAAUAGAUCAGGUGAGCUUGGUUCAGACAAUGGUGCCCAUCAAUGGAGUAGCAUAGUUCCAAGAUCUGUCGUGGGCAAUUCACUUGCUGACAGGAUGCUCAUGGCUUUGUCCUUGUUUAGGGAAUCAUUGGGCAGUGGUGCUCUUGCCCAAGUUUGGAUGCCUAUUGAGCAGGAGGGUCAUCUUCUGCUGAGUACAUGUGAUCAACCUUUUCUACUUGACCAGGUUCUUGCAGGGUACCGAGAAGCAUCCAGAAAAUUUGUAUUUUCAGCGAAGGAGGAGCCUGGUCUGCAUCCAGGGCUUCCAGGGAGGGUAUUCAUUUCCGGGGUGCCAGAAUGGACCUCAAGUGUUCUCUACUAUCAUAGGCCAGAAUACUUGAGGAUGGAACAUGCUCUUCAUCACGACAUACGUGGGUCACUUGCAAUGCCAAUUUAUGACGCUGACAAGGAUUCUUGCUGUGCGGUGCUUGAGCUUGUUAUGAAGAAGGAGAAGCCCGAUUUCAGUGCAGAGAUGGACAAUGUUUGCAAUGCCUUGCAGGCAGUGAAUUUGAAGGCUGCAACAGAUUCGAGCAACCAGAAGUUUUAUACAGAGAACCAGAAAGUUGCUUUCACUGAGAUUUUAGAUGUUCUAAGAGCUAUUUGCCAUGCACAUAUGCUUCCGCUGGCCCUUACAUGGGUUCCUACAUCAAAUGGCAUUGAUGGUGGUUAUGUUGUUGGAAAGGAUAGUACCAACCAUUCACAAUCAGGGAAAGCAAUACUACACAUCCAUGAGUCUGCGUGUUAUGUUAACGACACAAAUAUGCAAGGUUUUCUUCAAGCAUGUGCCAAUCGUCAUCUUGAGAAGGGGCAAGGUAUUGCAGGACGAGCACUCAAAUCCAAUCUACCAUUUUUCUCACCCGAUAUAAGAGAGUACAGUAUUGAGGACUACCCUCUUGCACAUCAUGCACGUAAGUUUGGUCUGCAUGCUGCUGUAGCCAUUCGUCUAAGGAGCACAUACACUGGCAAUGAUGACUACAUAUUGGAAUUCUUCCUCCCAAUCAACUGCAGAGGCAGUGAAGAACAACAGAUGUUGUUGAAUAACCUCUCCAGUACCAUGCAAAGAAUAUGCAAAAGUCUGAGAACAGUUUAUGAAGCAGAGGUUGGUAAAGUUAAUGCUUGCACUGCAGCUGUGGAAAGGAAAACCAAUGAGAAUUGCUUACCAACUGGACACACAGAAAGUUCUUCGCAUGGUGAUCAGCCAAUCACAGAAGCUUCAUUCCAGGGUACAUCUAUAGCUAACAAACCAGGAGCCAUGGAACCUGAGUUGGCUGAGCAGGUACAGUCUAGUUCUAUAGGACAUGCAGAGAAAAAGCGCAGUACAGCCGAGAAGAAUAUUAGCUUGGAUGUUCUUCGUAAGUACUUCUCUGGAAGCCUGAAGGAUGCUGCAAAGAGCCUUGGUGUUUGUCCAACAACUUUGAAACGAAUAUGCCGGCAGCAUGGAAUUUCACGAUGGCCAUCUCGCAAGAUAAACAAGGUUAACCGUUCAUUAAAGAAGAUUCAAACUGUCAUAAACUCUGUUCAUGGUGUGGAUAGAUCCUUGCAGUAUGACCCUGCUACUGGAUCUCUUGUUCCAGUAGUUUCAAUGCCAGAAAAGUCGGCGUUCCCUUCUCUUGAUGCUUUGCCAACUCCAUCAGUUGGAAAAACUGUGGAAGACCCAAAAUCUGAACAAGGGUAUUCUUCGCCUGAUGGACUGCAAAGGCAAUGCUGCCAGUUGCAGAUCUCUGAUGAGAAGAAAAGUAAUGAUAAUAAAUUUCACAUUGGCAACGGUAAUAGUGCUUCUUAUGGUACAAAUGCCACAGCAAAAUCUAAUUCUGAGGGCACAAAAAGCCCAUUAUGUCCAACUGGUGCUUUUAGUGCUUUGCAUCUCAAAAGAACGGAUUACGCCAAUCCUUCUGGUUCUCUCCAACCAAGUUCUGAAUGCACCAGGGAUCAAAUAGUUGGAAGAAUCUCACCAUCUAUACAACAAGCAGAUCUUGAUAUGCUUGAUGAUCAUGCAGCCAAGGACAAGGACAACAUGCAUGCUUCUACCUCUGGUACGACAGACUCUUCUAGCGGCAGCGCAUCAAGCCACUCCACCUUCAAACAGAACAUUAGAUGUGCCCUUAAAGAUACAACCAGUCCUGCGCUAACAGUUAAGGCUACCUACCAUGGAGACACUGUGCGGUUCAAGUUCUUGCCUUCGAUGGGUUGGUAUCACCUACUGGAAGAAAUAGCAAAGAGAUUUAAGCUACCAACCGAGGCAUUCCAGCUCAAGUACAGGGAUGACGAGGAUGAGUGGGUCAUCUUGGCAAACGAUUCAGAUCUCCAGGAGUGCGUUGAUGUCCUCGACUCUAUAGGCUCACGCAACGUGAAGCUCCAGGUUCGAGACCUUCCUUGUAACAUCGGCAGCUCAGGAAGCAGCACUUGUUUGCAACUGGAAGCGCAUAGCUCAUGACAGAGCAAGAAGACAGGGUAAGAAAGAAGUCCUGGGCUCUCAACUGUAACAUAUUACUGUAGGCUAGUCUUUAUUGUAGCAACAGCGAACAGGGUCUGUAUUCUGUAUACAGUAGGGGUAUAGUAUACAGUGUAGCAGCAAGAAGGGUAGAGUCCAGAUCUUUACUCUCGCAACAAUGCCAUGGAGGUCUUUAAGUUAGUCGAACCACGACCAUGACAAUGAUCCGUUGUCGUGAUGGU